CGCACAAGCUGUUCUCCAUCCAGGAGCCGCCGGUCGGAAUACAUUCGGAGGUGACUGCCCACAGCGUGGCGGGAUGGAAGAAGAAAUCCUCAACAAUUCCCUCCCGUGUCUGAAAGAACUGGAAAAUAAGGUGGGCAGGAAAACACCGGAGAGUCUCCUGGUUUGGAUGAGGGAUGCUGCGGACUGCGAAGAUGGUUGGAGGUCUGACGCGGUGGACAGGGGGGACCGCGGCUCUGCCUCCGGCGACAGUUUCUCAGACAAAAUCAGCAGCUUAAAACAAGAGAUGAGGUGGCUGAGGUGUGCUGAUGUGAGGAUUCUUCGCCAGCUGGUGGCCGUGCACGAAGGGAUCGAGGCCAUGCGUUGGCUGAUGGAGGAGCGGGACACCUUCCUGAGCCGCGGCAGCAGCUUGACAGGCAGCCUCAGCAGCCUGGCAACUGUGGAGGAGCACGGGGCCUCCAUGUCCCCCCGCAGAGACAGCCUGAGUCCAACUCAGGAUUUCACUGAAACCACUGGUGAGGAAUCAGAAGAUCAGCAAGCGCACUCUGACCACGGUGAUUCAAACCACAGGAGCGGCUUUGACAUGCUAAGCCCUGUGUUUGCUGAGGAAAGACCUCCUACUCCUUCUUCCUUCUCAGAGCUUGAAGUCACUCGUUCCACACACAGUCAGGCAUCAUGCAGCCCUGCCAACGGGUUGGCUCGUGCCAGCUCACCGAGGGCACGACCACAGGACUCGGGUGUAGCUUCGGCUCAAGACACGACGGCCGGCGGCGUUGACAUCAUCAGAAGAGCUCUGCUCAGAUCAAGCAUGGCAAGAAGAGAAGUGAAAGUAGGUGAUGGUACCCCCACCCAGACUAAACAGUCAGAGGAGAAACAGACAGAGCGCCGAACUCAGGAGAGUUCCAGAGCUUCUCAGAACAAUACGAUGCAAAAGGAAGAGGGUGCGCCUGACAAAGAGACAAGUCUGUUGGGCUAUGAUGCUCAGUGGUGCUGGGUAGAGUCACAGGAUGAUGUGACGUUUGUGUGAUCUUAUAAGCACAGUCUGAACGCACAAUCUUUGGUGUGAUGACAUUCCCCUCAACAGUUAACUGCCAGAUAUGCAGUGGGAUUUAAAAUGCACUUUGACACUUGUAUGAAUGAAUGAUGCUCAGAGAUGAACUUGUCACUCAGUGACUCUGUCAGGGCUUUUCGAUAGGAUGUAUGCUGUUGGAUCUAAUUUUUUUUCCAUUUGCCUGUGUAUUUUGGGGAAUUCCAAAAGAAAGUCAACAUAAAACUUUUUUUAAAAUCAAAUAUUAAAGUAUCCACAAAUAAGAAGGAGCUCUUUAUGAAAUUUGUCAAAUUAUUUUUUGGGACUUUAAGAGAUAUUAAUCAUGAACAAAUGAAGUUUUAUUUUUUAUUCUAAGUAAAUGGGCCUGCCUUGUUUCCAUUUAUUUGCACUUCACUUUAUUUGAUUGCCUCAUUGUAUUCAUAAAACAAGAAUGGCAGUCAAUUGUUCCUUGUGCUUAUUUCUCAAACAUUGUCCUGUCUCCUUGAAAUCUUUCACAAUCAUGGGUAUAAUUCAACUGUAAGCCUGUGAGGAUUAUAAAGAUGAUUCCAUUGUUGUGCUAUUAUUAUUAUGGAAUGAUGAGCCUUGUGUACCUGUUGGUAAUA